GCGCAGCUCGCGCCUGCGGAACUGCGGAUCCCGGGUCUGACAGGGUUUGGGGCUGUUUCCAUUGAAUGACCGGGAAGGCUGUCGGUGCAUAGCGUUCCUGCAAAACUGCUGAACGGAAAAGGACCUUCGGGAAAUUUCUCUGGACACCGCUGAAAUUAACAAACCUAGUGGCCCUGGGCCUUUCCAGUUUUUCCCGGCAAGUGGAUUUCGAGGCAACAUGUCUGCUUCAAUGAAAGAAUGCCUGCAGCUUCAGCUGCUGGAGAUGGAAAUGCUGUUUUCUAUGUUUCCUAACCAAGGAGAAGUAAAACUUGAAGAUGUAAAUGUCCUGACGAAUAUAAAGCGAUAUUUGGAAGGCACUAGGGAGGCGCUGCCGCCAAAAAUCGAAUUUGUGAUUACCCUCCAGAUUGAGGAGCCCAAGGUGAAAAUUGAUUUGCAAGUAACCAUGCCUCACGGCUACCCCUAUGCAGCGUUGCAGCUAUUUGGACGGUCGUCUGAGCUUGACCGACAACAGCAACUCCUGCUCAACAAGGGUCUCACUUCCCAUAUAGGGACUUUUGAUCCAGGUGAGCUCUGUGUAUGUGCAGCAAUCCAGUGGUUGCAGGACAAUAGUGCCUCCUAUUUUCUGAACAGAAAGCUUGUUUUUGAACCAUCUACACAAGCAAAGCCAGUCAAGAACACAUUCCUCCGAAUGUGGAUCUACAGUCACCAUAUAUAUCAGCAGGACCUAAGAAAAAAGAUUUUGGAUGUUGGGAAAAGGUUGGAUGUGACUGGAUUUUGCAUGACAGGAAAGCCGGGUAUAAUCUGUGUGGAGGGCUUCAAAGAGCACUGUGAGGAGUUCUGGCACACAAUUAGGUACCCCAACUGGAAACACAUUUCCUGUAAGCAUGCUGAAAGUGUCGAAACCGAAGGAAACGGAGAGGAUCUGCGCCUUUUCCAUUCUUUUGAAGAAUUGCUCCUUGAGGCCCAUGGCGACUAUGGAUUAAGGAACGACUAUCACAUGAACCUGGGCCAGUUCUUAGAAUUUCUCAAAAAACAUAAAAGUGAGCAUGUGUUCCAGAUAUUAUUUGGUAUUGAAAGUAAAAGCGCAGACGCCUAGGAAGCUAGUAAGAGGCCUGUGCUUAUAAUUUCUCUAAGUCGGUAUUUCUGUGAACAAGACCAAAAUAAAAGGGCCAGUGGCUGUUUGGCAUCCUCUGUGAGACCCCUAGCCCCACAAUUUUUAUCUGGUAAUGAAACACAAAGGACUUUUAACUUUAUAACAGUGCAAUUGUAAUGUUAUCUCUAUGUUCUUGUGUUAAAUGAAAACUAUUUAAUUGUAAACUAAUAAAAACAGCCAAUUUAACCAGCAAAACUGACUUGAUUAAAGAGGCGUCCAAAGCCCGUAAUUAAUAUCGAUAGUCAAACUGCACCUCUGAACUCAUACAUAAUAUUCCUCUCUCGUGCAGUCAGCACAUGAUGAUGCAGCACAUUUUCUUUCUUUCAUUAUUGGGGAAUGGAUUCUAAGUCAAGUUUAAAGUGAGAAGAGCACAUCUUGACUACAUUCCUUGCUUCAAGUUAAACCCUCUGUUUAUAGUUUUUUUUUGUUUUUUUUGU